GUUUUGAAGCGGAGCUGUUUUAAAACCCACCCCCCGUCGGAACCACAACAUCCGCUUCGUCACUUCCGCUCACCGCCUCGCCAAACAUGGCGCUGCUUCUAAGGACGUUGGCCCGUCAGGGCGUCUGCCUCUCAAAACCUCACCAUGUCCUCUUUAGACAUGCCGCUCCGAUGGGAACCACAGCUAAAGAGGAGAUGAACAAGUUUUGGGCCAAAAAUUCCAGAUUAAACAGACCCAUGUCUCCCCACAUCACAAUUUACAAAUGGUCCAUUCCCAUGAUGAUGUCCAUCACACACAGAGGGACCGGAGUGGGCCUCAGCGGAGCUAUUUCAGCCUUUGCCGUGGCAGCGCUGGUCUUACCCGGAAACUACCCCCACUACUUGGACCUGAUCCACUCGUUAUCCAUGGGUCCUUUCCUAAUCGGGCUGGCCAAGUUCGGCAUCGCCUUUCCCAUGUCCUACCACACCUACAAUGGCAUCCGUCACCUGUACUGGGAUAUCGGCAAAGGCUUCAAAAUCCCAGAGGUCUACCGCACCGGCUACACAGUCAUCGGCCUGUCCGUCAUCACGUCCAUAGCUUUGGCUUUGAUGUGAGCGAAGGAGGAGAAGAAGGGAUGGUGGACUAGAACAAGUGUUGAAGUUUUGUUUCUAUGUUGUGGCCUAAUGUUAACCGCUUUUCAUCAGAAUUAAAAAAUAAAGGAUUAUAUUGUGCUGUGCCCAAAAA